UUUCUUUUUCCUGCUUGGCCUUAUUCACCCUGAAAGCAAUAUCCGCUCCCCCUUAAGGUUACUUAUAACUUGUCUUCCCUUCUCCGGCUUUCAUUCUUUUCUUUUCUCUUCCUUCUUCAUCCGGCACACCUCUUCUCUUAUUCCGGCCACCAACUCUUUGGCAUAGUUUCUAUCAUUAGAUUAGAGUGUGAGAGGAGGUCUCACCAAUCAUCACCAUGGCUACCAAGAAGCCCAACAUCCUCUACAUCAUGGCUGACCAGAUGGCUGCUCCCCUUCUGGCCUUCCAUGACAAGAAUUCUCCCAUUAAGACCCCCAACCUGAACCGGUUGGCAGAUGAGGGUGUCGUCUUCGACUCGGCCUACUGUAACUCUCCGCUAUGUGCGCCGUCACGUUUCGUCAUGGUGACCGGCCAAUUGCCCUCCAAGAUUGGAGCCUACGAUAACGCCGCCGACUUACCCGCUGACAUCCCCACUUAUGCCCAUUAUCUGCGCCGGGAGGGCUAUCACACCGCUCUGGCCGGAAAGAUGCAUUUCUGUGGGCCGGACCAGCUGCACGGUUAUGAGCAGCGUUUGACGAGCGACAUCUAUCCCGGUGACUAUGGCUGGUCUGUCAACUGGGAUGAGCCGGAAAUUCGUCUCGAUUACUACCACAACAUGUCCUCUGUCAUGGAGGCGGGUCCUGUUGUGCGGACCAACCAGCUUGACUUUGAUGAGGAAGUUAUAUAUAAAUCCACGCAGUACCUCUACAACCAUGUCCGCCAGCGUGGUGACCAGCCAUUCUGUCUGACGGUGUCCAUGACUCACCCUCAUGAUCCCUACGCCAUGACCAAGGAGUUCUGGGACCUGUAUGAAGGUGUUGACAUUCCUUUGCCGAAGAACGGCGACAUGCCACAGGACCAGCAGGACCCCCAUUCUCAGCGUGUUCUGAAAUGCAUUGACUUGUGGGGCAAAGAAAUGCCCGAAGAACGGAUCAAGGCCGCUCGCCGCGCCUACUACGCGGCUUGUACCUACGUUGAUACUAACGUCGGCAAACUGUUGAAGGUCCUAGAUGAUUGUGGUUUGACCGACGACACAAUCAUCGUGUUUACUGGUGACCACGGAGACAUGCUGGGUGAGCGCGGCCUAUGGUAUAAGAUGACCUGGUACGAGAAUUCGGCGCGUGUGCCCAUGAUCGUGCAUGCACCUAAGCGUUUUGCUCCUAAGCGUGUAUCCCAAAAUGUGUCGACGAUGGACUUGUUGCCCACCUUUGUUGAUCUGGUUGGCGCGCAGUUGGUUCAGGAACUGCCCCUGGACGGUGUGUCGUUGAUUCCGUACCUGACAGGCGAGGACGGCCUCAAGACCGAUACCGUAUUGGGCGAGUACAUGGGUGAAGGAACACAAUCCCCGGUUGUGAUGAUUCGUCGCGGACGCUGGAAGUUUGUUUACUCGCUGAUUGACCCACCCAUGCUCUUCGAUGUGGCGACAGACCCUGAAGAAAAGGUAAACCUGGCGACUGGUUUGCCUGUUCCGGUGCGAUUGGGUGUAACCAAACAUAUUUCGGGAUCGCAGUUGCAACCGGCGUCCUUGCCUACUCCCGCUGAGUCUCCGCGUGUGUCGCCCCGGCCGCAGCGUGGUGCAUCGUCGGCAUACCCAUUCCCCAGUCCCCCACGGACUCCUAGUCCAGGCAAAGGAUUGCCUGAAAUGCCUACCACUACCGAGCCUGCCAAGGUCCUGGCAUACUUCUUAGAAGAAGCGCAAGCCCGCUGGGACUUGGAGAGCAUCACGGAAGAUGUCCUGCGGUCACAGCGCCGGCGACGCUUGGUUUACUCAGCGUUGAUCAAGGGCAACCCGGCUAUUUGGGACUACGAGCCACGUAUUGACCCCAGUACACAAUACGUGCGCAACCAAGGCAAGGGUGUUCUGGACGAUGUCGAAUUCAUUUCUCGCUGGCCUCGUGUGUUGCAGCAAGCCGCCACUGCAAUGGGCACUCAGGUGUAAAUCUCAGUUGAACAAAAGACUUGAAGGAAGAAAAGGCAAGGCAACUAAAAAGGACAUCAUUCAUUAUAUCGGCAUUGCUUUGCUUCCAAGUUGAUUUUGGUUUUUCUCUUUUUGGCUUCCCGUUUUGAAUUUGUUCCGAUGAACUUCAUUUCUUGAUGAUUUAGUUAGCGAGGCGCUAUACCCGGCAUUGCUUGCAUUCCCAGCGUUUGCUCGAGUUUACCUAUCGAUUGGUGAAUGCUUUUUAUUCGGGAUCUCCUGCAGAUUAGUACGGCAGUGCUGUACAUAGGAUUAUAUAGGAGAGCUGCCUGCUUGUAUGUAUGAUAGACCAGAAUGACAGACAAGAAUGAAUGUAAAAGAAAGAUGCUUUGUUC